CCAGCGGGUGCUCCCCAAUCAUCUCUGUUCUGUUUUUGCUUACACUAACGCACUGAGACCUGUGCCCAAGCAUUCUCCCCAUGGACCAUGGAGCUUUUCCGUCGGAUGUUGUACUUUCAGGCGGCGCGUCAACCGUGUCAGCGCAGCUGAGCCCGCAAGGAGCCGAUGGAGGCCCACAGAAACGGCGGAAGCAUCAGCAACCCAAACCAGUAGACCCGGUCGCUCUCCUCCGAGUUCAAGGAACCAUCAAUGGCAGCAUCAUUGUUGUCACAUUUCUCCUUGUGUUGGUAUUCUCGACCGGUAUUGUACGCCUCGCCUCCACAUGUCCAUCUUGUUCACGGGCUGACCAGUUCAUGCAAGGCAUCGCUGACACAAGCGUAUCUCCUUGCGACAACUUCUACCAGUACGUCUGUGGGCGUUGGAUCAGCACAGGGAACGCUACCCUUAAAGACUUCGUUCUGCAAGUCGGACGACAAAGGUUCGUCGAGGCUCUCCUUGUCUACCCGUCAGGGUUUCGUUCGCAGUCCUGGACGUUUGACCUUAUUGCGUCGUUCUACAAGUCCUGCGUGAAAGACUUAAGUGCUCAGAGAAGCCUGACUUCCCACGCCGAGAGGUAUGCAGAAGCGACAGGCUUCUCGUGGAACAUAUUCCAGCAAGUCAGCGACAUGACAACUUUCUUGGACUUGAUUGCGAAGAUGACUGUCCAAUACACCUUGAAUCCUUGCAUUACGAUCGUAGUCCGCGCAGUCGGUAUCACGAUGGCGCCAGUAGGAGUUGCUCACAUACUAAGCAAUACCGAAGUACGAUCCGCCCUGUCAGCUAUGAAAUCUUAUCUGUCACCAUUGAUAACGCAAGAGAUCCAGUCGGAAGUGGAAAAUCUGCACAACAAGACUGUAGAGGCCUUGACGGAUCCCAGUUUGUCAUCUAUGGAUCCAACGGUAGGGACUCUCUCAGAAAUCGUAUCUGAAAUCGGUCUGGGCUCGGUCGAAGAGUGGAUGGCAGCCGUCCAGAAAUACACCGUCGGCUGGGAGAACAUUCAGUCCCGUCAUAGAGCCACCUUGUUUUCGCCGAUGCGUUUCAAGGACCUGCUCACUGCAAUCUAUAGACGCCAAAACUUAGUUCGGUCUCUCUACCUUUAUGUCUACGUUGUGAGGGAUAUUAUGGGUGUUGUCAGCACGAAUUCAGAAGUGAAAGACAACGCUGGGGCUGCUUCUACGACCUGCUUGGACCGUCUGGAGGCCGAACCCUUCUUCGCCGUCCGCACUGCUUUCAUACUGUAUUCCUUCGCUACUGAAAGAACCGUAACAAGUAUAAAAGACAUGCUUUCCCACGUGACGCUACAAAUGGUUGUGAGCAUUAGCUCCAACAAACGUCUUGAUGCUGAAACUAAGGUGCCUAUCUCCAUGGACAUGAGAAGCUACUCGUUCAAGCCAGUCUUUUCCGAGCCUUACAUCACCAUCAAAGAACUGCACAAAGCAUACAAUCUUUUCCCACGGAACCUUACUAUAUACCACAGCAAACUUAACCUCAACGCCUCUCUCGAACAUGGCACCUUCGAAACGUUCCGCCUUCAGUCCGAAUGCAUGAAGUCUGGAGACCCACUUUUCAAUUACCGUGGCGGCGCUUGCGCUUCACCGUUUAUCACGAUAUCACCCAUGUUUUACCCUGAUGCUCGGCUUAGCUACAACUACGGUCUUCUCGGAUUCUAUAUGGCAUCUCAAGCCAUAAGGGACUUCCUGAAGGGAACGAGUAAGCCAACGAACGUGGCCGAUGCUGCUGAUCGCCUGGUGGCUCUUACCAGAGCCUGCCAUAGGAAACACAGCAACGUCGAUAACGACUUUCUGGGCCCCGACUUGGUUAGUUACGUCCUCGGUAUGAGAGCGGCGUUCGACGCGUACGUCAAGUGGCGCUUGUUCAGUGUGGAGUCCACGGGCGAAGACCGCGCCGAGCGUCAAGUGUUCUUCAAGAGGGCUUGUAUGUCUGUCUGCUCGGAGUUCGGAUCGCAUGUGCCGCCAGGUGGCGAUGCACUUGGCGCGGAAGUGGUUUGUAAUACCGCGGUGAGAAGUAUGCCAGAGUUCUAUUCCGCGUUUAAGUGCAGCGCUAGCAAUAACAUGAGCCGUAAUGGAGUAUGUAGGUUUUUCUGAUUAACGUUGAACGAUUUAAUUCUGCACUGUACGUUGUCUGUAGAUGCGAUACAAUGUCAAUUAUAUUGUACACAAUAGGGAUGACUCUUUCGUACGUGACUUCUUGACUUUAUUAGCAGCCUAGCGUAACAAAUGGGAUGUGCUAUGACUUCACUACUGAUGUCAAUACCGAUUUCCAUACUACUGUGCUUAAAAGCGAUUUGAGUGUUCUGCGAAGGAAACUAAUCUACUUCAGAUUACUUCGUAUUGAGGAAGCUGCUUCGAUGUAAUAAAGCUCCACUGGAAAUUCGUG